GUGUGUGUGUGGUUUCCAAGCCUCUCGUUAUUCGAAAAGAGAGAGUCCUUGCGAAACACGAGCCCAAUGAAGCCAUGAGUUUAUCAACAUUCGGGUAUAUUUUCCUUCUCGGUGGGCUAUCGUCUGGCAAUUCGAAAACCGUCUCAGUGAUGUCUGAGUCCCUGCUUACGUGACGGAUUUAAUUUUUUUUUUUUUUACUUGGCGGCGCGAUGUCCUCAGUCGCUUCGUAGAUAAGUAGAGUCUCAUCAGGAAGUGAAGAUAGAGGGAGGACUCCGGAAUUUUGUACAGAUGAGGAUAUCAAGGCCGAGAGGAUGGUGGUUGGUGUUGGGGGCGAGUGGGUGGGCCUGCUUCUUCCUGGUGUGGAUCGUAUACCCGACGCAUAUACUCACUGAAAUGGAUCGGUACGGAGACGGGGAGGAGGAGCCUGCGACCGCCUACCGUAGCCUGAGAGAGCAAGAACCGCCCCUGAAUUCCGUUAUGCUUCUUGAAGGCUACAACAACACGCGUCUCACUUUGCGCAUGUACUGUGCUCUGGAGUCUGCCGCCCGCGCCCACUACCCCACGCCCGUCGUCAUGUUCAUGACUGCGAAGAAACUCAAAGAGACGCGUCUCCUAGAGAGUCUGACAAGGGAACUCAGCAACAUUCAGAUCGUACACCUGGAUGUCAAUAAAUUAUUUGAAAAGUCCCCCCUCGCCGAAUGGUUUACUCAAAGAAGAUGGGAAGAAAGUGACUGGCCGCUGUCACACUUCAAUGACGCGAUAAGAUGGCUGUUGCUGUGGUAUUACGGAGGAGUGUAUCUCGACCUGGACGUGGUCGUGAAGCGCCCCCUGACGGAGCUGCCCAACUGCACCGGCCUGGAAUCGAGUCAGUGGGCGUCUGCUGGAGUGCUCAAGUUCACGCCCGCCCACCCUCUCAUAAGGGCGUGCUUGGACCACUUCGCUGCCCACUUCGAUGGCAAGGUGUGGGGCGCCAACGGACCCAAACUCCUGACGAGAGUUCUCACGAAAAGGUGGGGAAAGGUUACACAAUUCUUGACUCUUGCGACAGGGAAAGGUAACACAAUUCUUUACUCUUACGACAGGGAAAGGGAACUCAUUUCUUUACUAUUGCGACAGGGAAAGGGAAAGGUAACACAUAACACUUUACUCUUGCGGCAGGGAAAGGUAACACAAUUCUUUACUAUUACGAUAGGGAAAGGUAAUACACAAUUCUUGACUCUUGCGAUAGGGAAAGGUAACACAAUUCUUAACUCUUACAACAAGCGUUGGAAGUACUUAACAGUGUGGGGUUCUAAGCUUGAUCAUUACAUCGAUACCACCAUUGGAAUGGUCGAUAGAGUCCCACAUACGGACAACUACCGGUUAUUCGGAGCGUCACGGUGGGUCAAGGCGGAUAUUUAA